ACUGGCGAUUCACAUACUUUCGUCGUUAAGUACAAGAUAAAGCUCUUCAGCGAAGAGCUACAGAUACAUUUCUCGAAUUUCUUUGCUUUCAGACAUAGAUACAAAAUGCACUCAUUAUUUUGUAUCUUUUCAGAAAAAUACCAAGCUCUGAGUAUCAGAAAGAAUUAUAUAGCGCAGAAUAUAGUAUAGUGGCAUGCAUUACGUUUUAUCAUAAUAUUUAUUAGUAUAUGUGUAUUCUCUCUAAUAAUAAAUAUUAUCGAAUUAUGAUAAAAUGCUCAGAAAACACUUAUGCAUGUCUCUCUAUUGUUCUUUCUGACGCCUCAUCGAUUUUACAGGAACAUAAAGCAUACAUAAAAUAAGUCAACCUAAAGACGAUAAAGUUUAAAAAACAAUUAAAACAAUUUAGAAAUAUAAAUUCUGUAUGUACUCAAAGUAAUAUUAACUUUGUCUCGAGAUAUAAAUAUCAGAUAAAAUAAAAUGAAAAUAAGAUGGAAUGUAAAGCACAAGAGAAAAGAUAUCAAGCGCAUUAAUGGCUAUCGGAUAUACAUGUGUAUAGAGGAAAUGAUUGUUCGCGUAAUCUAUGAUCUCUCUCUCUCUCUCUCUCUUUCCGAAUGAAGUUUACAUGAAAUAUGAGCAUAGUCUACCGCGAUUGAAAAUUCGCAAUCGCCGUUUGCCCCGAACCGUCACCUCUACUAUUCCUAGGGUUAACACGCAUCAUCGACGACAUUCGUGCAUGACGUUCGACAGAAGACGAUAUCGCGCGUUGAUAGUUGAACGCUUAUAUUCCACGACGACGCGGCGACGCACCAGCCUCUAAUCUUCGAUCAAUUAGACGUGAAUGCGUACUGCGAUGAAGCUCAUAGAUAAUAAUGCCGUCUACGCCGUCGGACUCGUGUCGUGACCCGAAUCGGUGCUUCCGUCCCUCCGAAGCUGCAAGUCAUCAAACUCGACUUUAAGAAAAGCAGAUCGCCUGUCAUGCAGGCAGGUACUGGAUAUCAUGGUGAUUCUCGGCUUCAUGUUAAACUACAUGCUACGUAUGAAUCUAACGAUAGCGAUCGUUUCGAUGGUGAUACCGAGCAAUAGCAGCGUUCAGCAUUCACAUUCCAACGGAUCGGCGUCGGUGCAGGAUGAGUGCGGUGCCCAGGCGACGAUGAUGAACGACUUCACCCCGAUCGACGGCACCAGGACCCCGACCGUCGACGCUAAUAGAGUCAACGAGAUGAACAACGGCAGUACGCUCCCAUACUGGCACCGGGAAGAGCGAACCCAGACCAAGUACCCGUGGAACGAAUACGAGGUGAAUAUGAUCCUCGGCAGCUUCUUCUGGGGUUACAUCUGCACGGAGUUUCCCGGUGGUCGACUCGCGGAGAUAAUUGGUACCAAACGGGUCUUUGGCUACAGUAUGCUGGCGUCAAGCUUCGUCACUCUGCUGACACCACUGGCGGCUAGCUUGGGCUACACCGCGGUCGUCGUGUUAAGAGUCGUAUUGGGAUUCAUGCUGGUACGUCGCUAUUUCAUGUAGGAAUCAUACUGCAAU